AUGGGUUCGACUAAUCUGGAAACAGAGCAAACGACGGUGCUCGCCGAUGGUGCCAAUGCCGCGGCCUCUCCGCCUGCGGAGAAGGAAGCCGAACCGAGUUACGACACCGGUAUCACGGCCUGGCUGCAGGUAGUGGGCUCAUUUUUUUUGUUCUUCAACUCAUGGGGCGUGAUCAACACGUGGGGUGCUUAUCAAACCUACUAUGAACAAUACUUGCUCGUCGGCACCUCGUCGUCCUCAAUCGCCUGGAUCGGGUCGCUGCAGUCCUUUCUACUCAUGUUAGUCGGGGUCAUCACUGGCCCGCUGUUUGAUCUGGGUUACUUCCGCAGCCUGAUCUCCGUCGCCGCCUUCAUGAUGCCCUUCGGCCUGAUGAUGACCAGUAUUUCCACCAAUUACUGGCAACUCAUUCUCGCCCAGGGCGUCUGCGUCGGCCUGGCCGCAGGCUGUCUCUUCGUACCGUCCGUUGCACUGCUGCCGCAAUAUUUCCGCCGAAAGCGCGGCCUAGCCAACGGAUUGGCGGCGAGUGGCAGCAGUAUUGGCGGUGUUGUCUACCCGAUCAUGUUCAACCAGCUCCAGAAGACAGUCGGCUUUCCCUGGGCAACGCGCGCACUGGGGUUUCUGUCCUUCGGUACGAUUUGCAUCUCGGUGAGCCUGAUGCGCCAGCGGUUCCAGCCCAAGGAGAAGCGCAAGCUGUACCAAUUCUCGGCUUUCAAGGAGCCCGCUUUUUGUAUUUUCGCGGCCGCCAUGUUCCUCGGUUUCCUGGGAUUCUACAACUUCCUCUUCUACGUGCAGACCUACGCCAUUGAGACCGGCAUCGUCGGCCCGAAUCUGGGCUUUUAUCUCCUGUCCAUGCUGAACGCCGCGUCGACCUUUGGCCGUAUCACGCCCAAUUUUGUUGCCGAUCACACCGGUCCCAUCAACAUGCUGUGUCCCGCUGUCACAGUCACCGCUGUGUUGGCCUUUGUCUGGAUCCGCGUGCAUACUGUUGCGGGCAUUAUCGUGCUGUCCGUCUUGUACGGCUUUUUCUCGGGUGGCUUUGUCUCGUUGCCGCCCGUCGUCAUGGCUUACAUGACUCCCGACGUCCGCGACCUCGGCACCCGGAUGGGCAUGGUGUUCGCCAUCACUUCUAUCGGUCUGCUGAUCGGUACUCCGAUUGGCGGUGCGAUUCUCAGUGACACGAACCAGUUUCUGGGCGUGCAGCUGUUUACGGCAUGCUGCUUGAUCGGAUCAGCCGGUCUGAUGGCCCUUUUGCGUGUCGUGCGCGCCAAGGGCCAGCUUAUCGCCAAGGUCUGA